AUUGCCGCCAGCAAUCACCACAAAAAGAUGGCGCUCCAGUCCAUCCGCCUGUUACUAUGGCUGCUGGCGCUUUGGAGGAAUGCAGCGCUGGAGCAAUCAUACACGGAAUACGCCACCUUGUUGCGAGCGCAUUUGAUGAAUGGCCUGGACGCCGCAGUGCCGCCAAAGAGUGUGCGGACCGUCGAUUAUAGCCAGGCUGGAACCGAGGUGCGAAUGAGCAUUCGAUUCUUCAAGGUCCAAGGUGUGUCUGCCUCAGAGGGGCAAAUGCGUUUGAAGGUUUGGGUCCGAAUGACCUGGAGCGAUCUAAGAUUGGCUUGGGACCCUGCAGCUUUCGGUAACGUCACCGAAACCACCUUCCGUGCCGUCGGCAGUUCGGACCUGGAGGGCACGGAGAUUUGGGUCCCUGACAUCCAGCUCUACAAUUCCAAUGAAGGCAACCAGGCCACCUUGGAGGGUGCCAACCCAAUGUUUACUGGUUUGGUGGCCUUCCCCUUUGACCGCUUGAAGUGUGCGAUGGAGUGGGGCGGCUGGAGUCUGUCGGACGGACUGCAGGGCAUCAAUCUGACUGAUGUGGGCUAUGUCUUUCUCACGAACGAAGACACUGCCGGUGCUUCAUAUCAAGAAUACGGGAUCAGGAGCGUGGACGUGUCCCUGAAGCAAACCUUCUAUGAUGCCCUUCCAAACCAACCUUGGACAAUCGUGAAAUACACGGUCGAACUGGAACGAGCCACCUUUUACUAUGGCACCUUGAUCCUUUUCCCAACCAUUUUGAUCACCUACCUGUCCUUCGGAGUCUUCUUUAUGUCGCACGAAGUGGGAGAACGGCUGUCCUUUGGCAUCACACUGCUGCUGGUGGUGGAAGUCAUGCGGACUUCAGUGGCCGCCUUCGUUCCCAUCUGCGGCGAGCUGCUGUGGAUCGAUUUGUUCAUGUUGGUAAACUCGAUCUUCUGCUGCUUGAGUCUUUUAGAGACCAUGCUCGUCCUCUUUUUCGCCUUUCACACUGACGAGCACUUGUUGCCCGACUGGUUGGCCUGGCUGGCUCCAUGGCUCUUCUGCGGCUCUGAAGCGGAGCGCCGUGCACUGAAAGUGGUGGAGUCGCAAGCAGGUCAAGUUUACCGACGUAUCAGCAAGGGCAUCCUGCAGCCCGGGAAGAGCUCCUUUCGCUCCCUGGAGCAGUUGCAGGAGCAGGAGCAUCUCUCGGAGUCGGAUACCGCGAAGCUGAUCUUCUUUGAGAACUUGUUCUACAUGUUGGACUCAGACUCCAACGGAUUGAUCGCCAUGGAGGAUGCUUCGGUGAUGUUGAGCUUUGUGAAUUUGAGCCGCUCGCGAGAUGAUUUGGAGAAGAUCUUGACGGCCCACUUUUCGGAGCACCAUCGACUGAAUUGCGCAGACUUUGUGGAGAUUUGUGUGGAGAUCAUGUGGAACCUGCCCUUUGAAGAGAUCCGAAUGGGCGCCGAGAACUACAACAGCAGUUAUAUGAGAUUUACCAAGCUUUGUGCCAGCUAUUGGCUCACCUGGUCCAAGACCGUGGACCGAUGGUGUCGCUUCUGGCUACCGAUGUGUUUCACAGUGGCGCUGGGGAUUUUAUUCAACUUGGAGCUUCAAGAUGAAUAUGCGACAAAUCCCGCAGCGGAGAUGUUUCAGGGAUUUGGUCCAUCGUACAUGACCGUUGCUGGUGUCUUCCGCUCCCUCAUCAUGCCCUUCUUCGCAGUGAUUUGCAUUCUCGCUUGGCUGUACAUGAGGAAGCAAGCACAGAAGCAGAAAAUCACGAAGGAAGUGACCCCUGAACCGGACCUCAAGCCGAUUGUACCACGUUGGUCUGUACAACAAGCGAAAGUGACUCCAGCCGUCAUGGAAGACGUGGAAGAUUGAGGCUUUGGAUGGGGAUGGGGGAUGAACCGCCAGUGAUUCAGUUACCAAAGGGUACAGUUAUGGC